AUGGCCCACGAUAAAUCUCCUUUCCGCCCGGAUUUCAAUUUUGUCGGUGCGACGAUGUCAACAAAAGGUUCGCAACCUUUCCCCAAAGAAGCUGGAUCAGACAUGGUUGUAGACAGCCAAGCUAGGAAAUUCAAUUAUGGUGAAGGGACAAUCGCCUCGCCCGUAAAAACUUCGUUCGAUCAAUACAUCAAAAACUCACCAAUGCGGUCACAGCUAGUGAAUCGAGAUGCUGAGAUGGUUGACGCGAUUUGGAGUCACCGCGAGAACGAUCCACUUUCUUCAGCUACGAGUACACCUGUUCGUCGUGGGGGCAUUCUGUCAGGACCUAUGAACAGCAGUCCACCUGUUUUUCAAAAGACGGAUCCAGCUCCAGUUCUUGCUUUGAAGGAUGCCACAAACCAGGAACAGCGUAACGCUUCUGUGGCAGUCGAUGAGGUCUCGCAGGCGACAGGGAUUCUUAGGGUGAAUUAUCCUACGGUGGAAUCUGCGAGAGCUAGGUUGGACGUUCUACGAAGCCAACUUGCGAGUUUUGGGGUUCUAAGAUUCGACACCAACCAAGGGUCCGAAAACUCCAGGAGCAGCCAACUAGUAUUAGCAGAGCUUAUGAACCUGCGAGAAUGGAUUUAUGAGCUAACUAAAUCUGCGAAUAUACCUGUAGUUGCGGAGCCGGAAAAGGGUAUGGCGAAGCUGCCAUCUGUUCGGUCGCUUAGGCGCCCUUCCUCUGUUAUUACCCAUGGAUCGAGGCGAUCGAUGGACAGUCUCAGCAAAACAUAUCCUAACGAAAAAGGAAUCGAUGACAGGGUCAACAUCAUACAAAAUAAUCUUGCGAAGUAUAUUGGAUUUGAAGUUACGCGCGUGGAAGAUGACGCGGAAAGCAAAGAGAGAGCCGCGCUGUCAUCAGAACUAAAAGAUCUGCGACGAUGGCGAAAGCAACUCACUGGACAUACAUAUCCGCCCAUAGUUGAAGACGAAGAACUUCUUUCAGAGGCUGAUCGUGCCAAGAUUGCAGAAUAUAUGCGUAUCGUGAGGUUCACGGAAGAUGUGCUGUCUGGGAGACACCCCAGAGUCAAGAUUGAUACAAAUAUAGUUCUCCAACUCGCUCAUGUUGCGCGGGUCGCCGAAGCAGACAAAGAUGAUGAAAAUUCAGAACCAAACAACCAGAAAAACAUCGAAGACCCAACACCCAUUCCUCAACUAUUCAUCGACAAUCCUUGGCAUCCCGUGGUCCCUGAUAUACCCCACCUACCACCAUGCAUAAAUCCGUCGACGGAAGUGGAGAGUAUUACAGCAGCAAAAGCCAGGUCUCGGUCGCCUAGCCUCGAGAUAGUUUCCCCAGACGAAUGGAUAAAACGACAAAAGCCAAAAGUCGUAGUGGAGUUGUCAUCUGACGCCUCGAACGAAGAUGGCGAAUACACGCCUCAAAAAGCAAAUGUUUCAAGUUUUAAACCUGAUGCCGGGGUCAAAGUGGAAAAGUCAAAGGUGGUUACGAUCACGGCUCCUAAAGAACCUAGAUCUAUGCGGACAAGAUCCCAAACUCGAGUUCCUGUCGUCGGUCAGAAUCGUUUGGAACUGGAUAUGAGAUCGCUAGAUGGCACAGAGAGACAAUUGUUAUCAAGAGCAGAACACUCCAUAAACCUGAAGAAAUUGCUCGCCAAAGAGAGAUUAGAUAGCCCCGAGUACAUUGAGAAUAAACGAAAGCUAGCGAAUAUUGAGGAGGCAAUAUCCUCGAUCUGCAGCAAGCUUGGAAGAAAUCCGGACUAUGAUAAAAGGAGGCUAGAGUUAAUAACUGCAGUAGGGAAAAUGAGAGCAAACGGAAUGUUUUUUACUGGGAAAAUAAGCGUAGACAGGUUCGGGGUAGGGACUCAAGUUCCGUCAGCUACCGCAUCAGACUCCGCUUCAAGAUCAAAAACCACUGCGUCGGAAGCCACUUCGAGAUCGAGAACUACUGCGUCAGACUCCGUUUCAAGAUCGAGAAGCACUGCGUCCGAAUCCGCUUCAAGAUCAAGUACUAUCGCCACAUCAGCGAAUCUCUCGGCACCAAAUAUGAACAAAUAUGAGAUCGAACUCGUCAAAGUAACGGAGGGCUUAGAAAAAUGCAAGCACGAACUACUACGCAGUAGGAACGGGCGGGAUGUGGAAAAACUUAAAACAAGGAAAUUGAAUUUUGAAACAAAUCAAGAGGGGGUUAUCAGACGACUAAGAUCUUUGAAGGGUUUCUCCGAGGAACGGUUGCAGGGUUUGAUGUCCCAGGGGAGAGAGAGGGGUAAGUGGCAGGUCUCGCAGGGGAGAUAG